CUGUUCUUCCCUUUUGUUAAAAUCACCAGGUCCAGACUCAACACCAUAUUGUGUAUAUAUUUAUAUUAUUUUAAUUUCAUCAUGCAUUAUUAUUUAAUUUAAUUUAUUUUUAUUCGAUUUCCAAACUGCCCUUCCAUUCAAAAUUACUUUUAGCCCAAAAAGAAGCACUAAUUUUCGAGCUAGACUGCCAGAACACACGUGCUCUGUUUCUACCCUUCAUUAAAACAGAGCACACCCCUCGUUUUUAUUAUAAAAAACAGAGCAUGUUUUAAACUGGCUCGUCUUCCUCGCUAGGGCAGAGAUCCAGCAGAGAGGCCUCUUCCCCCAUCUCACUGAAAUGGAAGGAAGGGUCUCUUCGGUGGCUGUUCUUCUCUGCAUUGCAGUAUUAAUGGUUACUUCUACUUCUCCAUCCGAGGCAGCCCAGUCAAAAGCAUCUUUCGAAGAUAAUUUCAGCAUUAUGUGGUCCGAGAACCAUUUUAAAACCUCAGAAGACGGGCAGAUCUGGUAUCUCUCCCUCGACAAAGAAACAGGCUGUGGGUUUCAAACAAAGCAGAGAUACAGAUUUGGGUGGUUUAGCAUGAAGCUGAAGCUGGUCGGAGGAGACUCCGCCGGUGUUGUGACUGCUUAUUAUAUGUGCUCGGAAAAUGGGGCAGGGCCGGAGAGAGAUGAGGUAGACAUUGAGUUUUUGGGUAACAGAACAGGGCAGCCAUACCUGAUUCAGACGAAUAUUUACAAGAACGGUACAGGGGGGAGAGAGAUGAGGCACAUGCUCUGGUUCGACCCAACGGAAGAGUUCCACAUCUAUUCCAUUCUCUGGAACAACCACCAGAUUGUGUUCUUCGUGGAUAGAGUUCCAGUGCGAGUUUUCAAGAACAAUGGGAAAGCAAAUGCCUUCUUCCCAAAUGAGAAGCCUAUGUACUUGUUCUCCAGCAUAUGGAACGCCGACGACUGGGCUACCCGAGGCGGCCUUGAGAAAACAGACUGGAAGAAAGCCCCCUUCGUUUCCUCCUACAAGGACUUCAAUGUGGAGGCCUGCCAAUGGGAAGACCCCUACCCUGCCUGCGUAUCCUCCACCACCACCAAUUGGUGGGAUCAGUAUGAUGCCUGGCACCUCUCUAAUUCCCAAAAGUUAGACUUUGCAUGGGUCGAAAGGAACCUCGUUAUUUAUGAUUAUUGUAAGGACACCGACCGAUACCCCGUCCUACCCGACGAGUGUUCAUUGAGUCCGUGGGAUUAAUUGAUUAGUGAAACUACUACGACGUUAUUCAUUUAUUUGUUAUCCUAAGUUUUCUUCAUUUACUUUAAUUUUUUAUACAGAUAUGAAGGUGUGUUUUAUUUUAAUUUUGGGUCUUGUAUCGAACCGAUGCAUUAGCGGUGUAUUAUAUUAUUUUUAAUAUAAGCAUGCACUAAAAGCCUUAUUUUUGUAA